CAGUGGGACUCCGUGCUGUCAGGUGAGAGCGCUGCUUCAGGUUAUUGAGAGUUACAUUGACCCAGGACAUUAAACUCGUAAAGAAAUACCUAUAUUGGACAUUAUUGGACUAUUGUACACGCGCUACAUCUGCCCCUUAUCACAUUGAGAGCUCUCCUACUGGUUCUCCAGAAUGAUCUCUUUGAGAAAAGUGUCUUAUAGGUAGCACUCAAUCACGGUGGACUGUGACGUGGAGAUGGUCACUUGGGCCGCCUUGCUGACAGUAUGCAUAUGGAUACAAACACACACAGCCUCAGGACAGCACAUAUGUCCUUCUACUCCACGCAGGCUGGUAGAUUUCACUGUAAAAUACUCCCUCCCCCACUUCCAAACAGACAAACCCAUACAGAACAUCGCUGUGAACCACGAGGAGCAUCACUCAGACGUGUACGUUGCAUGUCAAAAUGUAAUAUCGGGAGUCAGCUAUACUAUGGAAAAAACUUGGGAGGUGAAAACUGGACCUGUUGGCAGUACUGACUUCGAAACAUGUUUGGCGUCUGACAUAGAAAUAGAUCCUGCAGAUCCAGUGGAUACAGACAAUGAGGUUCUGCUUUUGGAUAUGUCCGCCGUUCCCUUUCCCUACUUGUACAUAUGUGGGAGCACUCAGCAUGGGAUCUGUCACUUCAUUGACAUUGGCAAUGCAGAGCCCAAGCCUCAGUGUUUAUUCAGAAAGGAGAACAAUUCUCCAACCGCCUGUCCAGAUUGUCUGGCCAGCCCCCUGGGCACCAAAGUCACCAUAGUGGAUCAGUCCGCCACAUUGCUUUUCUUCGUAGCCGCCUCUGUCAAUGACAAAGUGGCUCAGAAGUAUCCAAGGAGGUCAAUAUCAGUAGUGAGACCUCUUUCAACUGAAGAUGGCUUUCAUAUGGUCAUGGAGGGUCUGACAGUGCUCCCCAAUCUACAGGACUCUUACAAGAUUGAUUACAUCUACAGCUUCUCCACAGGUAGGUAUGUCUACUUCCUGUCCCUGCAGAGAGAAAACCCAUCAAAUAACAAUUCGGCCUUUCAGACCCGCCUUGGGCGACUGCCGAUAUCAAUCCCAGAGGUGUGGAUGUACAGAGAAGUGGUCCUGGAGUGCCGGUACGAACCAAAGCGCAGGAGGAAACAUAGUGAUGGUUUCAGGGACAUUGUGUUUAAUGGGCUUCAGGCGGCACACUUUGGGCGAGCGGGGAAGGACUUGGAAGAAGAGCUGAGGGUGGGCGAGGCAGAAGACCUUCUGUUUGGGGUUUUUGCAGAGGUGAAGGAGAAUGGAGUACCCCGAAAACACUCUGCUCUGUGUGCCUUUUCUUUGACUAAAAUAAAUAAUGCAAUUGAUAAAGGCGUGGAUGCCUGCUGCAAGUCAGGCCCCGAGCAGCUGUCCAGAGGUCUCUCUCACUUCCAGCCGUGCGAGAGCUGCCCACACGAAAGCUCUGAAGGUAAUGACACAUGCAGUGUGAAACCCACUCUGGUGUCAAAGCCGUACUACCGACUGGACCUCUUCAACAGGCAGAUGACAGGCGUCCUUUUCACCGCUGUCCUAGUCACCACUAUUGGGAAUCACACGCUGGGCCACUUUGGUACCUCAGAUGGUCGGAUACUGCAGGUGAUUCUUACUCUCUACAGGCCAAUUAUUUAUGCCAACUAUUCUCUUGGAGAAACCAAAGUGUCCAGAUCAGCAGAAGUUUACUCAAAUGAAUCUCUUCUCUUCGCAGUCGGAAAUAAGAUGUUCAGGGUGCCAUCUGCAGGACCGGGGUGUGCACAUUUUAUGACAUGCUCCAUGUGUUUGACGGCUCCACCCUUCAUGAACUGCGGCUGGUGUUCGGGAACAUGCUCGAGGCAGCCUGAGUGUGCCUCGCAGUGGAACAAAGACUCCUGCGCACCUGUCAUAACAGAGUUUUUCCCUACAAUGGUACCUGCUGGUGCUGAGACAGAAGUGACACUGUGUGGCUGGGAGUUUCAGUCUCCUCUGCGACCCGCCAUCAUCAGCGGCAAAACCCACAUCAUCACAGUUGGUUCCGGGACCCUGUGUACGGUCCUGCCUGAAAAGAGCAGUAGUGAAGUGUUAAUAUGCAAGAUCCAGGUAAACACACCAAGCCAGAACCUCAACAUCACCCUGCAAGUACACGAGGGGGAGGUGGAGGGCCGCUACUCAAUUGAAGGCACUGCUCAGAUGCCUGGCUUCUCUUUUGUGGAGCCUAGCAUAACUGGAAUCAGGCCUGACUUUGGACCCAUGUUUGGAGGAACCACAGUUACUCUGACAGGAAAAUAUCUGAAUUCUGGGACACAGAGAGAUGUCUUCUUUGAUGAAAAAAAGUGCAUCAUUCAAAGUGCUCCUGAAGAGAGUGAGACCUCUUCAAUUGUCUGCAAUACAGCUGCUGCAGCAGCGGUGGGGAAUGUAACUGUGAAAAUUAUAAUUGACAACUUUCAAGUGUCGACCACUAAGAUGUUCUUCUACAAGAAAAAUCCUGUUAUAAACUCUGUGCAUCCUCUUUGCAGUUUCCAACGUGGAUCCAAAUUAGUGAUACAAGGUCAACAUCUUGACUCUGCUCACACAACUGUGGUUCAGUACAUUUCCAAAAAUCCCAACCUGCAACCACUUGAACAAGUCUGCAACGACACAGCAAAUGCCACAUAUAUAGAGUGCUGGGCCCCUGCUUUUAAAGAGGAAAUGCCAGAAGAAAAGUCAGACAGUGGAGAGAUUUUUAUCCACAUGGAUGGGAGAAGGAAGCUCUGGGGGAAACAUUUUAACUACCAUCAUGAUGCCAACAUCAUUCCCUUUGAAAAUGAUGACCAUGAAUUACCCAUAAAACAAGGAGAGGCAGAAGUGUCACUGCAUCACAACAAACUGGACACUGUGAGGACAUGUAUGAAUAUCACAAUGACCAUUGGUGGUGUGAACUGCAAAGCCAAGGUUCUGGGGAAUGAGCUGACCUGCAGGAUUCCUAAAGGCCUGGUUAUUCCCAGUGAGGGAUUGCCUGUCCAGGUGUCUGUGAACGGGGAAGUUACUGAAGUGGGGAAAGUGGUCAACUAUGACACCAACAACGCAACCAUGAUAUUGGGCAUUGUGCUGGGGAUCGUUGCUGCACUGGUAUUAGGGGCUGGCCUCGCAUUACUUGUGAUGAUUCAUUUGAGGAAGAAAAAGAGAGCCAACAUAGAGAAUCGUUUAUCAACAAUGCUUUCACGGAACCGCAUCGGCAGCGGUCCGGAUUAUUCCCCGACAGGUGACUACAGACGAGUGGAUCUGUCCAGUCAAACAUCAGGUUCAGGAGGAAUGGCCUUCCAAGGUUUAAUGUAUGCUGCGAGCCAUGAUCAUCUGGCCAUUCCUUUAAUGCCACGAGACAAUAUCUCAAUGGUCAGUCUUAGUUCUGUUCUUCUCGAAGAGGUAAAAGAUGUCCUGAUCCCUGCAGAAAUGCUCCGAAUUGAGGAUAGCCAGAUUAUCGGGAAAGGUCACUUUGGGACAGUUUAUCAUGGAUACCUGAUCGACAGCAAAGGGCAAGAGACCCACUGUGCUGUUAAAUCCCUGAACAGGAUAACAGAUUUGGGGGAGGUGGACCAGUUCCUCAGAGAGGGCAUCAUCAUGAAAGGUUUCCACCACCCAAACAUCCUGUCUCUGCUGGGCAUCAUGCUGCCAAAGGAAGGGCUCCCUCUGGUGGUCCUACCGUAUAUGAAACAUGGGGAUGUGCGUCAUUUCAUCCGCUCUGAGAAAAGGAACCCGACAGUGAAGGACCUGAUAGGUUUUGGGCUUCAGGUUGCCAAGGGGAUGCAGUAUUUAGCCCAGAAAAAAUUUGUCCACAGAGACCUGGCUGCACGCAACUGCAUGCUGGAUGAAACUUUCACAGCAAAGGUGGCUGACUUUGGCAUGGCGAGGGACAUCUAUGACAAGGAGUACUACAGCAUUCAAGAUCAAAAACGGGUCAAGCUGCCUGUUAAGUGGAUGGCCAUCGAAAGUCUGCAAACACAAAAGUUCACCAUCAAAUCUGACGUGUGGUCAUAUGGCGUAUUACUCUGGGAGCUGUUGACUAGAGGUGCUAGCCCAUAUCCAGAUGUGGACCCCUAUGACAUCACACACUACUUGUUGAAGGGACGCCGGCUUCCCCAGCCGCAGUUUUGCCCUGAUACUUUCUAUUCUAUCAUGCUGACAUGUUGGGACCCGGAGCCUGAGCGCAGACCAAGCUUCAAUAGCCUGGUUACAGACGUACAAUACAUCCUGUCCUGUCUGGAAGGAGAGCACUACAUCAGUCUGAAGGUAAACUAUGUCAACUUAGACCUACCACGGCCCUACCCGCCUCAUACUGGAUCUGCAGAUGAGGCCGAGGCCUCAGACUUGGACACAGACAGCUAUGCUGCCAGCUGAGGGGGCAAAGUCCUAAAACUCUGAUGGGAAUGUAUGAUCCGGAUUAAGGUUGGACAGCAUUCAACAAAAUGGACAAAUUCACCUGGAUCCAAUGAAGGGUCACAUAGAUUGUUAAUCAUGUCUUCAAACAUGAGCACAGGAAAGGUUUUGACCACUUAUAUUAAAGAUACUGACUGUACUAUAAACUACAAAUCAUGUUGGAAGUUCUCUAUCCAUAUUUCAUUUGUAUGGAGUUACAUAGAUGGAGAUAAAUGUUUUGUCUCAAAAAAUCAGAAGCACAAGUGUGGCAAAAAUGAAUGUAAAAUGUGUUUUGUUCUCAGACUUGUAGAAUACAAUGUGGGGAUACAUGAGACAUUGUGCUGUUAAAUACAUGUGUGUCUCUAAACCAUUGCAUUAGAUUAGACUGUUGGACACAGGGUCUAUACAUGCUGAUGUGCACUCAAGGGUCAAUAUGUUUAGAUUUUGAUACACUUUUCCUGCUGUAUGGGGAUAUAAUAUAGAUUAUAUCCCUUCAUAUAGACUGCAGAAUAUAGACUCUAUUGCAAAGAGACGCUAACAAGUGAAAUAAUCAUACUAUAUGCAGAAAACCUCUUCUCAGAUUUAGAGCUGUUGAUACUCUUCCAACAGCUCUGAACCUACUGAAUAAUACAGUGAGCUGUCGAUGCUGAUCAGAUGUCAGCUCAGGCUUAGAAACACAUCGAGUACCUGUCGUUAUCACUAGAGGGCAACCAAUGCCUCCUUCUCGAACAUACUUCAAUCGUACUGCAGUGAUGUUUGCUGCACUACAGCAGCAAAAAAAUGGAACUCCAACAGUACAACUAUAUUCAUCUAAUCAAACUAAAUGUUUUACUUAAUCAACAAAGUAUAGCAUCAUGACCAAACUGCCCAUGUUUACUUACUUCCUUCAUGUCAUUAAAAUGACCAUCGUAGCAUAUAAAACAAACACAGAGAUUUCAGAAUAUUGCACAGAUUUUUCAACUGACAUUUCAGUUCAGUUUAACAAAAAAAAGCAUGUUUGUUGACCAGCAAGCUGUCUACCUGGGGUAAUGCACUUGUCUCUGGUAUAUCUGAUUUUUGCAGCUUUUUCUCUUCUUUCUUGAAAUGAUGUUUCUUUGCUCAACGUUGCACUCUAAAGAAUGUUUUUGUACAAAUGUGCAUUUGUGUCCACAAAUUAAAUGUUUCUCCUGA